AUGUAUUUCCGAUUUGCCGAUUACGCUUUGCUUAUCGUGACGGCCGGUACUGGCGAGUUUGAAGCCGGUAUUGCCAAGAACGGACAAAUUGGUCAGCACUCCCUCCUCGCUUACACCCUUGGAGUUAAACAGCUUAUUGUUGGAGUCAACAAAAUGGACUCCACCGAGCCUGUCUACUCUGAAGCUCGUUUCGAGGAAAUCAAGAAUAAAGUCAAAAGCUACAUCAAAAAGAUUGGAUACAAUCCAACUUCCGUGCCCUUUGUCCCCAUUUCUGGAUGGAACGGAGACAACAUGUUGGAGGUUUCCGACAAGAUGUCAAUGGUAUGGAAGAUUGAGCGCAAUGAAGGAAACGCCGACGGCAAGUGCGUGAUUGAAGCUCUCGAUGCUAGAGGUGUUGAGGACCGACCAAGAAGUGGGAGGCCAAGGUCAAAACGGUCACCAAAAUUCCUCAAGGCACUGAAGAACCGAAUUCGUCGGAAUCCUCGCCGGACGCAAAGGAAAAUGGCCAUACAAAUGAACGUGUCAAGUACAACUAUGUCCAGGGCUCUUAAAGUGGACCUUGGACUUAAGGCUUUAAAACGUGGAAAGCAACACCUGCUCACUGCACGGCAAGUUAAAAAUAGAUUGGCCAGGAGCCGGGCGCUGAUCAAGCGGUACGCGGGUGAAAAAUGGAAACGGAUUUUUUUCACGGAUGAGAAGAUUUUCACGGUCGAGGCCAAAUACAAUAAACAAAAUGACCGGGUCUACGCCCAAUAA